GAGAACUCUCUCGCUUUCUCGCUCCUGGAGCUAGAUAUCCAGACACUGGCUCAUCGGAGUCGGCAGCGCCGGUGGGGAAGUGUGCGUGAGGAAGCAAAGUACACAAGAAGCACAGCGAAGAUGGAAAAACCGGAGAGAAGGAGGAGAAGAAGAAAAAUAUUCUUUACUGGGAAUUAAGAAAGUGAAGAAAACUUGGAGAUGGGUUGACAAUGAGGAGGAUAGGCUGCCACUACGCAUUUGCUCCACAUCGUUAAGGAGGGAAGGAGUGGAAAAAAAAUAACCAGGGAAGAAAGGUUGGACAGUGGACAUGGGCGUGAUUUUUACUUGGGAGUUGACCUUUGGAGAUGGAGGCCAAGCGAAGCCAGUGUGAUGCUGAUGCUUCCAGGGUGUGGCGAAUGCACGACUGGGACGAAAUAAUCUAUGGACUUUACAAGGUUCCUCUCACAUGGUGGAGCUUUGGUUGCGCGUUAGCGAAACAUACGCGAGCAUCUCACAUGGAAACAAACAACACACAAAUGGAGACGAGAGAAAAGAGUGGAAGAAGAAGGAUUUUGGGAUCUGGACGAUGAGAUGAGCAAACACGCCGAGGAAUCUCUUUCCAGGAAAGAAACGAGAGGUAUGGAUACACCGAAAGAUUUGGGGGUAUAGAUCAUGCUUACACCACCUUUCAGCUGGAACCAUUCUAAAAAAGAGAUUUCCGGGAAGCAUUCUAAAGAUAUGAGAAUUUUGAGGAUGAGUGCUUGAUCCAUUCCAUGGCCGAGUUGAAAAGAGCGUUUGUCCUUUUUUGUUUUGAGAAGUUCCAGGGCACACGGUUGCUCGAGACUUCGUGCACAAAGAUGAAACCUUGGAAGUCAUUCGACUAGACAAGCUCUAGACAGGCUACAAGCUUGUCUUGAAGAUUCCCAGUUCUAGGGAGCAAGCAACAAGAGUGAUUGAGUGUACUGCUGGAAUCGAUAAGGGAGUUUGCAUUGUUGAUCGAACGAGUUCUUGGAAUUCUUCAAAGGUGGGCCUCCAAUAUACUCCUGCAAGAUUUUAUUUUAUCUUAUUUUAUUUUAUAGUUUAUUUAAUACUCUUUUUUUCUCCAAGAACAAGUCUCCCCCCCGCUCUCUCUCACACACACGGAAUAGUUUAAAACCAGAUCGAUCGAUCGAUCGAUCACGUAGAAAAGAUGGCGCUUGAUUAUCAUGACUGGUGUGAGUUUCAUGACCUUCAUGCUUUCGGUGAAGCCAAUCAAGUCGUCCAAGAAGAUAAGAGAUGGAGUUUGAAAAAAAAGAAGAUCCAAGAUGGAGUUAACACCUCUUCGUCAAGCAAAAACCCUGUCAACUUUCUCAAGCUCGCAAAGCCGUACGGAAAGAAAUAGGGGUCUAUACCGCGGCUAGAUAGAGGGUGACACCACAUAAGAAUGGCCACACGCAAUGUUUCCAGAUUCUAGGCCUACCUCGAUCUACCUCGAUCGGUACAAAAACGUUCGGGUCAAGUACGCAAGGCAUAAGAUCAUGCAAGUAAAACGAGGGACCGUACGAUGAAGUUGACGCGAUGCCAUCUUUGGAACUAUGCUACGAUCAAGAUUGGUUCGCGGAAAAGCUGCGGUCCUGCGCCGAAUCACGAGAUCUGUCGCAGGGCCGCCGGAUCCACGCUCAGAUCAUCGCCUCCGGCCAGCCCACGAACAGGUUCCUCGCCAACCUUGCCAUCGACAUGUACGGCAAAUGCGGCAGCCUGGGCGACGCUCGCGCGGUGUUUGACUCCCUCCGCCACCGCAACAUCUUCACCUGGAACAUCAUGGCCGCUGCCUACGCCAUCAACGGCCAGCUCGAGCAAGCGCGGGAGAUCUUUGAAACAAUGCCGCAGCGCAACGUUGUCUCGUGGAACACCAUGCUCACUGCAUAUGCCCAGAACGGGCAUCUUGUUCUCGCCGAGAAACUCUUCCACCAAAUGCCCAAGAAGAACCAGGUCUCCUGGAACGCGUUAAUCUCCGCCUACGCAGAACUCGGGGAAGUCUGCAAAGCCCGCCACCUUUUCGAGGCCAUGCCCGAUAAGAAUGUAGUCUCCUGGACAGCCAUGCUCGCCGCAUUUGCCGAGAGGGGGCAUCUUGACGAAGCGAGAGAUUUCUUCGUCCGGAUACCAAACAAGAACGUCGUCUCCUGGACGACCAUGAUCCUGGCCUACGUGAAAAACGACCGCUUGUCAGAAGCCCGGGAGAUGUUCGAUCGAAUGCCGCUUAAGAACGUCGUCACCUGGACCACCAUGAUUGGAGCUUACGGCCGGAGCUCGCAUUCGAAGCAAGCUCUUCGUCUCUUCCAGCUCAUGGACCUGGACGGGAUCCAACCCAACGCCGUAACUUUGAUCGCUCUAGCCGAUGCCUGUGCGGCGUCCCCGACUCCAUCCCUGGCCAAGCUCGUCGAUAGCAUCGUCCAGGACACCCCUCAUCGAUCGGAUCUUAUGGUGGUCACUGCGCUCGUCAACUUGCAUGGAAGAUCCGGCUGCGUGGACGAAGCUCGGGGCCUGUUUGAUCGCAUCUCUUGCCGGGACUUGGUCCUCUGGACGGCCAUCAUCACCGCCUAUGCUCACAACGGCCUCCGGGACCAAGCGCUGGAGCUCUUCCAAGAGAUGGAGCUUCAAGGCCUGGAACCAAACGAGAUCACGUACAUCAACGUUCUGGCUGGAGCGGCUUACGCUGGACUGGUCGAGGACGCUUGCUCGUUCUUCGCCUCCAUGGUUGGCGACUACAGCAUCGCACCGCUGCUGGAUCACUAUAUCGGAAUGGCUCACGUACUGGGGCGAGCGGGGCGGCUGGCCCAGGCCCAGGAACUUAUCGAGUCAAUGCCUUUCAUCGCUGAUUAUGUUGCCUGGAUGACGCUGCUCAGUGCCUGCGAGACGCAUCUGGAUGCCGAGAGAGGUAUCCUGGCUGCUGAGAAGGCCUCGGAGCUCAAUCCAGAGACGUCUUCGCCGUACGUCGUUCUGGCAAAUAUCCACGCAGCCACCGGGGACGAGAAGCUUGCUAGAGCACUGGAGGCGCGUAGGAGACGUGCUACCUCUGUGAAAACGGAUGAUGGAUAAGUAGAGCGCGAGAAUUUACAUGGAAAAAAAAAUCCCUGGGAAUUUGUAAACACUGGCCUGACCUGUUUGUACAAACCAACAAUUUUACCGUGUCAAGAACAA